UUCUGGACAAAUUUUCUCCCGAUUGCAUGUUUAAUGCCGAUGAAAAUGGAAGGUACAAAGGCAAGUAUGGGAAUCCAUAGGGAUUCAAAACUCAAAAGCAUCGUCUCACAUUUCUGUUUCUAUGCAAUGCAACCGGCAGGUACAAAUGUACAUAUCGAACAAUAUUAUUGGAUUUUUUUGUUACCAAAUACAACUGCCCUUAUACCGCCACUUGAUCAAGGUAUCUGAUUUAAAAAUGUAAUACCGGCAAAUCUUUAUUAAAAAAAUAAAUUUGUGCGUUGGAGAAGGGCCUAUCUACGAUAUAAUUGAUUCCUGGAAUCACUCACUAUUUUGGAGUAUAUGAGUUAUGCAGAUCGUGCUUGGAACUUUGUUAACGAGCAAACAAUUAGUAAUUGUCUCUAAAAGGUAGAAAUUCGUUAAUUUCAGGCAGGCAUUGACAACAUUUAAGUUACAGAUGAGAUUGCAGCCACUGAAGGCGAACACUAUGAAUGGCGCACACUUGACAACGAAUACACUCAAUGCUAUAAUGAACUUGUCGGCUUUGGAACCAUGUCCGGAGAGGAUAUUGUUGCGGACGUAUUGGCAGUCAAUUAAAAUUCAAUUGAAGAUGAGGAAGUGUUCGCGAAAUCUGAUACUUGCAUUAAACACCGCUCAAAUCUUAGACUCGCUACAUGUCAAUUUUUUGCAUAACAAUAUAGAUCCCUUAGAGCCCUUUGAAGACAUUGAAAAUUUAAUCCAAGAAAAUUCUGAAAAACCAAAGUGCCACAGGAAAAUAAAAGAUUUUUUUAAGUAACUCUUGACAAUUUUCAAAUGAAAUGAAUUGAAUGAAUUUAGUCGCCGACCGCCAAAGUAAUCGGAAUCGUGCCAUAAAAAAGUAUGAUCACAUAUUUAAAAGAAUGUCUAGCACUACUAAGAAUUUUGCCGAAACUUUAUGUGCAAUUCUGAUGACUGAUAUACUUAUGGGUACCGAAAUUAUUCCAAUAAGUCUUUGUAAAUUUCGCACGAAAUAAAGAGUCAUGAACUGAAAAACUGAGCGAGAACUCAGCGAUUCGAAACGUCGGUUUUGAUAAACCCUACGGAUGUAUAAAAGCACUACGCCCCCACGGGAACGCAUUCAGUUGUGCCAGUGACUUACUAUGUGUCAAUUUAGUCGACAAUUAGUUUUGCAAUUAAUAUUAGGUUUGGCAUUUGGCCAUAUUUAUGGGCAACAAAUGUUCGAGCGUAUUGUCGACGGCAGUGCGGUGACACAAAAGAUAUAUCCUUACUAUGUGCGUCUGCACUAUUAUGGAGAGUUCACUUGCGGCGGUUCGUUGGUGCGGAACAAUGCUGUACUCACGGCAGCACACUGUGUCAAGGGCAGAAAUGUUGAGGAGCUGAGCGUACACGCGGACACCAUUAAUUUCAGCGACAUUGGAGUGGAGAGAACGAUCAAGUACGUGCUGAUUCCAAAAGAAUACGUUAUGACGAAAAGAAAUUAUGGUUAUGAUUUAGCGGUGUUGAUACUCUCCUCUGCCAUACCGAAUGCAUCGGUAAUACCAUUGGAUAGGAGCGCGGUCGCUGCCGGUACGAGUUGCCUGGUUAUUGGUCAUGGCAGAACCAAAGAAAGCGGCGACCUCUCAGAACAAUUGCAAGAGAUCCACGUACCUAUCAUGAGUCGGGAAGUUUGUCAGCACAAAUAUCGCGGCAUGCGUGUUAUUACACAAUCUAUGAUGUGCGCUGCGGAACGGGAUAACAAACACGCACCCUGCAAAGGUGAUUCUGGCGGUCCGAUGGUAUGCAAUGGUAAACAGGCUGGCAUUGUUUCGUGGAGCGUGGGUUGUGCGCGUGUCAAAUAUCCAACCGUUUACACAGAUAUAAGCAAGGUGUAUAGUUUCAUUGAAUAUGCGCUUAAAAAGUAUCCGUAAGCAGGAAGUGGAGCAGAAUUGUAUGUUUUUGCAAUAAGUACUGUUAUCUUUGCUUGGCUAUUACGAUUAAAGAUAUUGUAAUUAUUUAAAAUAAAAUAUACAAUAAUAAAUAUUAUAGAUACGAGUAUGUAUGUAUUAUAAAUGGUUUAGCAUACCGGAGAUAAAACACAAAUGAGUUAAGCCUUGACUUCUAACAAAGGAAAUGGGAUUUUCGAAACUGCCGGCUUUUUGGAGCCAUUGUUAAUUUACAUUUUGACAAAAAAGAAACUGAUUAUGAAGAUAUCAAUUUAUUGGGUUGACUUUAGCCGAUAUAUUAGUCAAUUAAUGGCCAUUAUUUAAUGAGCACAAUCAGGUUUGCACGGCAUUACGACACCGCUGAAACGACACAGUGAGUCUAAAAUUACGAUAUCACAGUCGUAUGAAUGUUUCAUGACAUGUCAUAGUUCAGAAAGUACGCCGUAGUGCGCCUUGUGAUGGAACAAAGGGGUUGAGCAGUUGAUAACUAAAUCAGAGCCUGUACAGCUUAAAUCGUGUCAAAUAAAAAAGGAUUUGAUUUGGAUCGGUUUGUUUGCAUGGCUGCUACAUAAUAUGUUACACCGGGUGAUCAAGAUUACGGGAGAUUACGCGUGAGUAGUGCAAAGCUGUCAUGUUAUUUUUGUUCAGUAUUGUUUUGCAUUUCAUCACGGAAAGACUUAUAGCCCUGACAGAUGAGCAAAAUUAAUACGCAUUAAGCAACGCUAAUGCGCAUUGAAAUUUUAUGGUGACAGACGGCAACGGAACUGCUUACCUCUGAUGCUGUAAACGCAAAAGAGUCGGCAGACUUCCAGCGACAUCUGUUAAAAAAUAGCAAAAAUCGGCCAUUUUUGAGCAGUGUUGCCUACUCAAAUUUGGUAAAUUCAGCUAAAUGCACGAAAUUCUUGUGCAUUACAAAUUUGCAUUAACAUGGGUCAAAUGCGCAAGUAAAUGUAAAUUAAGCCCGCUAAUGCAAAUAAGCGCUGUCGUCUGUCAGGGCUAUUACGCCUGAACAAAGUUUAAAAAUCGUUCAACUUUAUUUUGAAAAUUAACGUUUUGUAAAGAAUGUGUUUUCCACGCUUCACUCAAAUGAUGAUCAUUAUAAUCAGCGUACUGAUAUCCGAAACACCAUCACUUAUGUAUGUUGAGACACAGUAUUCGACCGAAUAGACCACGUCCAGCACACGAAUACCGUGGAGGAUCGAUUCGGCGUCGUUCGCAACUAUUCGGACUGACGUAUGGAACGACUUGUAGCAUUUUACGUCGUGAAAGCGUACAAACUACAGCUUUUGUAAGGUGAAUGACCUUGCCAAGUGUAAUCGCUUCACUGUAUGCCCUCUUGAAAAGUUCCAAGAUAAUCCGACGUUUUCGAGCAGAAUUUAGUUUUGCGAUGAGGCCCAUUCCCGGCUCAAUGAGUAUGUGAACACGCGUAAUUGUCGCAUUUGGAACGAAAAGCAACCUGAAAAUAAUUCAAGAGCUGCCAUUUUAUUCAGAAAAAACAAAGGUUUGUUUUGGUUUUUAGCCCAAAACAUUCUUUCUGGUAAUUUACCUAAUUUAAUAUUAGUUUUAGUAUAAAUUAUUUGAACAGUUGCUUCCUAUGUACCUCCAGUAGGUGAUUACUUCCGCA